AUGCUUGUGCAGCGAAUUCCCGAAAUUGUGGAAGAAGGAGACAAGCUCACCGGUGGUGCGCGGCGUCCGCCGGGUGAGGCAGUUGAGGUAAGAGCACAGCGUCGGCAAGGGAUCAUUACCGCCGCAGGACGAAGUGAAGAUGGUGGAAAUGCACUUUCCAGUUUCGUGAGAUCUAGGCAAAUCAUUCUCCCCGAAUCCCAUCCUAACACGACUCUUAAGCCACAAGUUGCAGGGGUCGAAGAAGUGAGUCUCGAAGUCGGAUGCGUCGGUCAGGAAGGCCUGGAGGGGGGAGUUGAGAGACACAGCAUGACCAUACUGACAAUCCUGCCAACCACCCUGUGA